AUGCAGCUCAAGUGGAAUAUCCAGUCAGCUGUCGAUGACAGUGAACACGAUGCGGGAUGGAUUGAAGGUGUUGCAAUUUUGAUAUCAGUUAUCGUAGUUGUUCUGGUGACGGCUCUCAAUGAUUACACAAAGGAACGUCAAUUCAGAGGACUCCAAGCAAAAAUCGAGACAGAACACAAGUUCUCCGUCAUUCGAGGAGGUCAAUCGAUUCAGGUUGUUGUCAACGAGCUGGUCGUUGGAGAUGUUGCUCAGAUUAAAUACGGUGACCUGUUACCUGCCGACGGUGUACUUAUUCAAUCAAACGAUCUUAAAAUAGAUGAAUCAUCAUUGACUGGAGAGUCUGAUCUUAUUCGGAAAGCACCCGAACAUGAUCCGAUAAUCUUGUCAGGAACACAUGUGAUGGAAGGCUCUGCCAAAAUGCUUGUAACGGCUGUUGGUGUGAAUUCCCAAACAGGUAUCAUCAUGACGCUGCUCGGAGCGGCUAAGACAGUUGCCGAAGAAGAGCGAAAAACAGCCAAAAGAGAGGGUAAGCUCGAUGGUUUUCGAACAGCCCAAAAAUAUUCGAAAAAAGAGCGAUUAGUCGGUUUAGAACGUCGCUCUCGCUCGUUAACCAAGAGCAAGUCGCAGUCCGGCAUAGGUGAUGCUGUGCAGGAGACCGACGAGGGCACCGCUCAGGCGUUACUGGAUGUUAAGGCUGAUGGAGCUGAUGGUGUGGCAAAUGGCAAAGUGGUCGCCGAGGAGAACGGCAAAAAAGAACGCUCUGUAUUACAAGCAAAGCUUACUCGGCUGGCUAUUCAGAUCGGUUAUGCUGGAUCGUUCGUUGCUGGCUGCACGGUUUUAAUUCUUGUCAUCCGAUUCUGUAUCUCGCGGUAUGCUAUUGAGGAGAAGUCGUUCUCAUUGGCCGAUUUUCAACAUUUCAUCAAUUUCCUCAUCAUCGGUGUUACCGUGCUUGUAGUCGCUGUUCCUGAAGGAUUGCCGUUGGCUGUCACGCUUUCACUUGCAUACUCCGUCAAAAAGAUGAUGCUGGACAAUAACCUGGUACGUCAUUUGGACGCGUGUGAAACUAUGGGUAACGCCACGGCGAUCUGUUCGGAUAAGACCGGAACUCUGACCACAAAUCGAAUGACUGUUGUGCAGUCGUACAUCAACGACGUGCAUUACAAGGAAACACCGAAGAUGGAGAAUCUGAAUAAGGAUACGUUGGAAUUGUUACUGAACUGCAUUUCCAUCAACAGCAGUUACUCGUCACAGGUGGUACCAGCGAAACAAUUGGGCGAGCAAGCAACACAAUUAGGUAACAAGACUGAAUGUGGUUUGUUGGGCUUUGUUCUAGCUCUCGGCGCCAGUUAUCAGGACAUUCGUGACAAGAACCCCGAAGAAAGCAUUCCAAAGGUGUAUACAUUCAACUCUGUGCGUAAAAGUAUGUCGACGGUCAUUAAUCGGCCUGGUGGUGGCUAUCGAGUGUUCAGCAAAGGAGCAUCGGAGGUUAUCAUCAAGAAGUGCAAAUGGUUCUUGGGCAAGAACGGUCAACUGGUCAAGUUCACAGCGAAAGACGCGGAGGCUCUGGUACGUAAUGUGAUCGAACCAAUGGCGUCAGAUGGUCUGCGUACGAUUUGUCUAGCCUACAAAGAUUAUAUACCCGCAGGAGGACAUGUGGGAGAAAACCAGAUUGCUUACACUGGUCAAAUUGACUGGGAUAACGAAGAUGCUAUUCUCAGCGAACUGACAGCCAUUGCUAUUGUAGGAAUUCAAGAUCCUGUUCGACCUGAAGUACCAGCUGCCAUUUUAAAGUGCCAGGAAGCGGGUAUCACUGUCCGCAUGGUCACUGGUGACAACAUCAACACAGCACGCUCUAUCGCAACGGCUUGUGGUAUUCUGAAACCCGGAGAGGAUUUCAUCGCUCUUGAGGGCAAGGAAUUCAAUGCAAGAAUACGCGACGAGAAUGGUGAGGUGUCACAGGAUAAGUUGGAUCAGAUCUGGCCCAAACUCCGUGUUUUGGCCCGUGCUCAACCAUCGGAUAAGUACACUCUUGUCAAGGGCAUUAUCGAUUCUCGUAUAUCUGAGGCACGUGAGGUGGUCGCGGUAACCGGAGACGGGACGAAUGAUGGACCUGCUCUCAAGAAAGCCGACGUCGGAUUUGCUAUGGGCAUCGCCGGUACCGAUGUGGCAAAAGAGGCUUCUGAUAUCAUCCUCACCGAUGACAACUUUACAUCAAUUGUCAAAGCUGUGAUGUGGGGACGUAACGUGUAUGAUUCGAUCGCAAAAUUCCUCCAAUUCCAACUUACUGUGAACGUGGUUGCAGUAGUUGUAGCGUUCGUCGGUGCUUGCGCUAUUCAGGACACUCCACUGAAGGCCGUACAAAUGCUUUGGGUGAAUCUUAUUAUGGACACUCUCGCCUCUUUGGCUCUGGCUACGGAAAUGCCUACUGAAGAACUUUUGAAGAGGAAACCUUACGGUCGUACCAGCCCGUUGAUUUCACGCACGAUGAGCAAGAACAUCCUUGGACAUGCAGUCUAUCAGCUGAUUGUGCUUUUCACUCUGAUCUUCUAUGGCGAAAAAAUUUUCGACAUUCCAUCUGGUCGUUGGGCUCCUCUUCAUUCACCGCCAUCUGUUCAUUUCACGAUCGUUUUCAACACAUUUGUGCUGAUGACAUUGUUCAAUGAGAUCAAUGCAAGAAAGAUCCACGGAGAGCGAAACGUGUUUUCGGGUUUGUUCUUGAAUCCGAUCUACUACAUCAUUUGGAUAGCCACAUUCGUCUCUCAAAUUCUCAUCGUGCAAUUUGGUGGACGCUGGUUCAGUACUGCAGCGUUGAACAUCGAACAAUGGUUGUGGUGCAUGGCGCUAGGUGUGGGCACAUUGCUCUGGGGACAGCUGGUCACGUCGAUUCCGACGGGCAGCCUUCCACAGAACAUGACGAUUGGCUCCGGAGAAGCGCCUACUAAUGAUCCGUUGAUGCCUGAUUACGAAGAUCCAGAUACGCAUGAGAAGCGUUCAGGACAGAUACUGUGGGUGCGCGGCUUAACGCGUCUUCAGACACAGGUACGUGCUUUUGUGUUAGGGUCAGCCUGCGGUUUUGUUUUUAGUGUUUCUCACAUGCUAGGGUCAGAAGUUCUCCUCUUUCAUCUCAGUACUGCUCGUGCUCCUCACAAGACACGGGAACUUUUUGUUGCUAGUGCUGAUCAGUCAGUAUCUCUAAAAGUAACUCUACACUUCUACGAAGGUGGUGCAAAUCUGGUCAUCAACAGUUACAACAGUCUCGCUACCACCAUUCAAGGGCGACAUUCGUGA